GAAGGGAGACGGAGAAGGACGUCACUGUCUUUUCUCUGUGAGGUCCUCCACCUUUACAUUCAAGAUAGUGAGGGAGAACUAAAGAUGGCGUAGACGUCUUUAGAAAUUCACUUGUAGAGAGAGAGAGAAUGUCACCAAAGAACAUCGCAGGAAUGACGAACAACGGCUGGCUUUGCUUUCAACUCCUGCUCCUGUUGGCUUGUUCACGUGGAGGUUCUUCAGUUGGUUCUUCCGCCAGUGAUCCAAUAAGAGGAGAUCAACUUCACUGGCAGACAUAUCCUUGGCAAUGUAACGAUGGGCGGGUGAUAGGUGCCUCAGAGUACCCGGUGAUGGUGAGCUGCUAUCAUAUAGCUCCUGGAUCAUGUGUCGACACAACCAAAGUCAUUGGGAACUGCAACACUGACCCUCCAGAGCUUGGCAACCAUGAAAACAAGAGAAUGUUUCAAAAUGCGAAUGAUGAUGACAUAGCUGUGUUUUAUUGGUGUAAACAUGACGAAAGGAUGUCAACAGGAGAACGUGGAAUAUUUACCUACUGUAUUGAUGGAGCGUGGACACCCAUUGAUGACGAUUGCUUGCCAGGCUCUUCAUUAUCUGGAAAUUCUCUCGACAAUAAGCCGAUAAGAGAUAACCUUUACGAAUGGAAAUAUUCGUGGCACUGUAAAGAUGGUAACGAUGGACGGGUGAUAGAUACAUCAGGGUACCCGGUGAUGCUGGGCUGCUCCCAUAUUGUUCCUAUUUCAUGUGUCGACACCACCAAAAUCAUAGGGAACUGCGACACUAACCCUCCACAGCUUGACAACCAUGACAAGAAGAAAGAGUUUCAAAAUGCAAAUGAUGAUGACAUAGCAGUGCAUUAUUGGUGUAAAUUCGACGAAAGGAUGUCAACAGGAGAACGUGGAAUAUUUACCUACUGUAUUGAUGGAGAGUGGACACCCAUUGAUGACGAGUGCUUCCCAGAGUGCAAUGAGGGGAGAGAAUGUUCUGAGCUUAAUGAAGACAGUAGCAACAAUUAUGAGAUUUGUCCCAUGAAAUACGGCGAUCCAGUUAAGACAUACUGUUAUAUGGAAAAGCGCCUCACUUUAGUGCUGAGGAUUGAAAGAGGAUCAGACACCCUCGACUUCACUAAGGCAGCGGCUCAGGACCCGCAAGGCAACACAGGGAGUAACUUUUUCAUUGGUCUGAAGAACUUGAUUGGUAUACACUGGCAAGAUAACAACUCGAUACCACAUGACCUGGUCAUCUAUGGAAAAAUUGGUUCCAGCCAGACAAAAGAGUGGACGACUUACAACAACUUCCUUCUCAACCGCACUGGGUUCGUGGUGAGCCUCGGGAGCAACAUGGGAGCCCUGGGUGAUGUCGUCAGAGAUAUAGAGGGCAAGGAAUUCUGUCCUGGUGACGGUGAGGAAUGUUGGUGGGGAAAAUACAAUGACUUGCUAGGCUACUCCACUGCUGGUGAUAACCAAGACGACUUCGUGGAGGUUUGGGUUCGGCCACACACAGGUAAAAUUGUACUAUGCCCUCACAACUUCGUCAGGAGCAGGGACGGAAAAUCUUGUCUCACACUUGUGGCGACCAAAGGAGACCUCGUUAACAACACCCAAGAGUGCGCCAAACGUUAUUCCUCCCUGGCUUUCAUCACUCACUUUGAUGAUGUGAAGAGGUUAAAGAACGACUCGUUGAUCCUGACAGGCUACUACGUUAAAGAGAAGAACGAUCCUUACGACUACAUACCUGCCUUGCCGGACGCCAACGUGAUUACGAGUGACACCAACGUGACUCGCUCUGACAUGAGCAACCUUGAUCUAUGCGUGGCGAUGAAGCACAGCGACAUGAACCACUGGUAUCUCACCUAUUGUCACAAGGAUAACAUGAAUGCGAUUUGCAUGGUGCCAGUGACAUGUCCAGAGAAUUACGAGAUAGUGGGAGUCUUAUGCUACAAGCUGAUCGCAUCCUCUUCCCCUGAACCCACCUUCCUGGACGCCCUCGCCACCUGCAACACGGAGGGGUCAGGCCUUGCCCACCCGACCAACAUAUCUCAGCUCAACAAACUCGCUGAAUUCAUUGCGAACAAUGUGGACUGGAGUGCUCAUGAUGUUGCAGACGUAGCCAUUGGACUUAACGUGGCGUUCGGCAACGCGUCACUGGGCGGCAUGUACGAGAUAUCAGAUGAAGUGCACAACGCUGUCAACGGUUCAUCAGUGGAGGGAACUCAGCACCUCUUCCUCAGCGUGACCCAGAAUGCCUCGUGGGUCCUCAAGCCUGCUGACUUUAACGACUUCACCUCCUUCUACGUCUGCGAGUUUCACGGUCCGCUUGGUUGCUGGACGUUUCCGCCUCAUUCCAAGAAUAUGUCUACUGAGCGUACCUUCACCAAUCGCACAGUUCAUGAGAGUGUUACCUACUCUUGCAACCGAGGAUUCUUCGUGAACGCGGAGGUGGGCAACAAGACGACGCAGCAUCGCCAGUGUCACGGCCAGCUGGGAGGGUGGGCGCCGCUUGAGCCACUAAUCCCAUGCAUCGGCGUCGUGGUGUGUAACGAGAGUCUUCCUAGUCACCCACACAUGACCAUCGAGAACUCCAAGUACCCUGGUUACGAGACCUACUGGAUGAAGUACAUCUGCUAUCCUGGCAUGGGCACGGCUGACGGCAAGGUGAAGCAGAAGUUUACAUGUACGGAGUAUAAUGGAACUUAUGACUAUGAUGGAACGGAAGUGGAGGAGUGUAACCGUUGCUUGACACCACCAGACGAGGACGUGCCCAACUCCAAGCCCACCAACAGCAGCGGGCCCUGGAUGGUGAACAGCAUGGUGACGGUGACGUGCGAGGACAAUUACCUGGUGGACCGCAACAUGAUCGACCAGCAAGUGUUGUGCACUUUGAAGGGAUGGGACAGCCGCGAUUGCCACAAAGUGUGUCUUGGAGAGCCGUUGGUUGGUAACGCGACAACGACUUGGCGAGACGACAUGUGGCUGGUGAAUGAUACCAUCAAUGCUACCUGCUUGGAAGGUUACCACUUUAUCGAGGCAAACACCACAGAAAUGUUACUCUCCUGCGAAUACGAUGGCUGGGAGGACUUGCUUGCCUGUGAGAAAGUGUGCCAGGAUGACCUUGAGGUGGGAAACGCCACAACAGAAAAGAGUGGAAGUGUGUGGCUCGUGGGACGCAUCAACACCGUCACAUGUUUCUCCGAGCACCGCUUCCUGAGCAUAAAUGACGCCACAAAGGAGGUGGAGUGUCAAUUCGAGGGGUGGGAGGAGACAGAAGGCUGCUUGAAAGUGUGUGAAGAUGAGCCUACAGUGAGCAGCGCUUCAUCUGACUGGACCUCUGCAGAGCCUUGGCCUGAGGGUAGCUCAGUAGAAGUCACCUGCGACACGGGCCUCUAUCAGUAUCCAAGCCUCGAGACCCAACAGACCCUUGAGUGCACCUAUGAAGGCUGGACCAGCGCCACCAUCUGCGAGCAAGUGUGUUUCGAGGCCCCGGACUUGACGGAGUACAAGGCGCUGUGGAAUGACUCCAUACCACCGGGAAGGCUGCACGACGAGAUUUCCAUCAACUGCAGGUCAAGUCACUACCAUAACGAGUCUCUCGACAACACCACCAUCCCCGCAGUGUGCACGCCUGACGGCUGGCAGGCCACCUACCCCUGCAUCUUGUCGUGUAAGGAGCCUCCAGACUUCGGCACUGUGAUAAUGGAGUGGCUGGAGACAGAGCCGGGGAGAUUCGGGGAUGAGGUGAUCAUGGAAUGCCCCAACAAACACCGCAACAGUGAGGACAUAUCCUCACUACCAUUACAGUGGGCUGCACCGCGGAGGGAUGGAAGACUCUCACCACCUGCAUGCUGCGAGGAGGCACCGGACGCUGCCAAUCUGAACAUAAUGUGGCCGUCUGGACUGGUGGACAUUAUACUGAGCAAAGUGACCGUGGACUGCCUUGACGACUAUUACAGUGAGGAGAACCUUGUCAGCAACACCACUGUGGCGCAGUGUACCGGGGACGGCUGGUUUGUUCUCAAACCCUGCGUCAGAGUGUGUGCGGAGACUCCACAGUUCGGGGACGUGCCUAUUGACUGGGGGACGAGAGGGCGGGGAAAGGUGAGCCAGGAAGUGAGCCUCGACUGCCCGGAAGGAUAUCGGAACAAUGACAGCCUGCCCUCUUCCACCACCACCGUUAGCUGCACCUUGCACGGCUGGGUCAACCUGGAUGAGUGUGUUAAGGCAUGCGUGGAGGACCCAGACGCAGCCAGCAUGAAUAUAAACUGGGAACCUCUGCUGGCAACACUGGGUACGGAAGUGGAGGUGGACUGCCUCGAAGAGCACUACAGUAAUGAAACCCUGACCACCACCAUCACCACCGUGCAGUGCGUGGAGGAGGGCUGGUGGGUCACUUAUCCCUGUGUUAGAGUGUGCACGGAGAAGCCAGACUUUGGCAAUGUUUCUGUCGAGUGGGAGGAGCGAGGACCAGGAAGAAUGGGGGACAACAUAACACUUGACUGUCCCGCUGGCUACCGAAGUACUGACCACCUGCACCUCAACACCACCCUCGUCACCUGCACCGACCAUGGCUGGGAGAACGUCGAUCCCUGUGUUAACGUGUGCCUGGAGGAAGACCUGGGCGGCGUGGCAAUAGAGGAAGAGGAGCUAGGCCAGUGGAGAGUGGAUGAGGUGGUGGCACGCGCCUGUCCUGAGGACUUUCUUACCUUCAAGGAGGCUGUCAACGUCACUGACUUCAUAUGUACUGCCGAGGGCUGGACCAACCCUGACCCCUGCGUCAACGUGUGCCGCGAGAGGCUGUACCCGGUCAAUGGAGAGGCCAACUGGAACCAAAGGAUCUGGACGGCGGGGCACAAGCUGCUGGUGAUAUGUCUGUCGCAGCACCACGUGUCGUCCGAUGUCUACUCCUACACCGUCCCCUGCACUGACUCUGGCUGGUACAACGUCAACUCCUCCUGCACCUACUGUGAGUAUUCCUGUGUCCUCCUUACUCGUAAUACUUUCUCUCUCUCUCUCUCUCUCUCUCUCUCUCUCUCUCUCUCUCUCUCUCUCUCUCUUGAAUUCAACUUUUUUACUUAACCCUUUUCUAAUAUCUUUGGUAAGUAGAGCAGUUUUUUCUUGAAUGAAAUAUUUAGUCUUCCAUGGUAUAUUAAUGUGAUAUCAUGAAAUGAUUCCUUUUGGAUAUAUGAUGACAUAAUAAUAUUAAGGAAAUCACAUCAUUUUACUAACUUCUUCACAUCAUGCCCAUUCUUCAUCUAAUAAUCUUCAUCAAAUAUUCUCUACUUCUGUUGAUACUAUUUUGUUAUCAAAGUAAUGACAUAAUAAUUCAAUAAGCUUUCAGAUAAGACUUCCAUGACUGCCAAGAAGCAUCGUUGAUGCAUGUCUAGAAUGUAAACAAUCAGUUUUGUUUUCAAAGAGCCAAGCUAACCCUUCCUUUACUCAUAAGACAGCAUUACCAUCAUCAUCACCUCUUCCCUUCCUCUGACUCUGAUGUGGAGAGAGAGAGAGAGAGAGAGAGAGAGAGAGAGAG